CUUACAUUAUUUCUUCCUAUAUAGUAGUAGUAUUGAUAAACUUAAUUGUUUUCCUUAGAUCCCUAUAAUAUCAUAACAUUAUUUUGUUUGGUCUCUAUAUGUUAUAUUGGUGUACUAGUAAUAAAAAUGGGCAUAACAGAAGCAUGUUCAAGGUUCAUUGUUGACUUCUUGCAAGCAUUCAAACACUCAUCACCACCAAGCUCAAUUCAUGAUGAGCUUGAUCAAAAUCACCAUAGCCCUGAUUGCAAGCCCCAGAAUUUGCUAAAGCUCGACGACAACACGGUUCGCGCCCUCAUGACUGUGUUUGGCAUGCAAAACAAUGGAAGAAUCAAGAAAGAAAAUGCUAGAAGAGUUGUGGAGAAGCUUGGUUUGGUGCAUGACAAAGAUAAUAACAACAAGGCCUCAUCAUCACCAUCAAGAUUUGAGCUUCAUGGUGAUGGUGGAUUGUUGGAGGGCGACGAAGUGCCGGUAGAAGAGGUUCUUGGUGAUUUGGAGGACAUGACAAAGCGCAAUGAGCUCUUGCAUGAAGCAUUCAAGAUCUUUGAUGAGGAUGGAGAUGGUUACAUUGAUGCAAUGGAGUUGAAGAGGGUGCUUGAUUGUCUUGGUUUGGAUAAGGGUUGGGACAUGAACACAAUUGAGAAGAUGGUUAAGGUUGUUGAUUUGAAUCUUGAUGGCAAGGUUGACUUUGGUGAGUUUGAGUUGAUGAUGGGAUAGCAUAUUAUUCUUAAUGUUCAUUCA